AUGGAUGACUCUUCACCUAUAGGGACUCCAAUACAAGUUAAUCACUUGUUGGGAGCUUCGAACAGCUUGGAUCAAGAUGUUGAUCCUACAUUAUAUAGGUCAAUGAUAGGAUCACUUAUGUAUCUUACAUCAUCAAGACCUGAUAUCAUGUUUGCUGUCUGCUUAUGUGCUCGAUUUCAAUCCUGUCCGAAAGAGUCACACUUGAAAGGAGGAAAAGGAAUUCUUCGAUACCUUAAAGGACAACCAUCACUUGGUUUAUGGUAUCCCAGGGGAGGGGAGUUCGACUUGUAUGCACAUACAGACUCUGAUUAUGGUGGUUGUAAAUUCGAUAGAAAAUCUACUUCGGGAGGAUGUCAGUUUUUGGGAGAUAGAUUGGUAUCAUGGCAGUGCAAAAAGCAAACAUCCGUUGCGAAUUCAACCUGUGAAGCAGAAUAUAUGGCUGCUGGAAGCUGCUGCUCACAAGUGCUUUGGAUUCAACAACAACUGCGUGACUAUGGUUUGAAUUUUGUUAGAACUAGUUUUGUCCAAACUGGCCAGUCUCCAGAUGCAUCUGGAGACUAG